UUGAGCGAUCCCUAUCACUGCCUUACUUUUCGUAUGAUAUUUUCGGGCCUAUUACAUAUCAUUACGUACGGUAUACUGAUAUUUUUUUGUGCAGGAUGUAAACCCAUGAUAUCUGUAUAUGACUAAUUCAGUUGGAUGCUUACUAACAAUUAGAUAACAGUUAAUAGGCUCUUUAAUGUUCCUAAGUACACGUUUUAUUUAAAGUAACCACGUGUACAGAGUAGGCGGAGAUUGGAUGAAAACAUUGCAUUGCGAUUCUGUUUGUAAAAAUAUUGAUUCAGUAUUUUGAAAGGCGUUACCGAGCACACACAAAAUAUAGCGAUCUGCGGACUGUGGAAAAAUCAUAACUUUUAGAGUAUUGGAUUUUUCGGAUAUCCCCGGAAUUUAAUUCAUCGACCAUCAGAGAGAGUAGUCUGUCUUUGUGAACUGCGGCUUUAAGCCGUUCAACGUGCCUCGGUAUUUAAAGUUACUUUAAAGUGUGCACUCAUAUUCCUUUUGCUCUCCUGUGAAAUACAGUUUGGGGCAUUACAUUGGGACUUUUUUCAUGUUAUUUUUCUGCCGGGACAUGAUAGUAUAAUAUGCCGGUGCCUAGCUGUCCUCGUGGUCCAUCAGGGAAAAACUUAACAUGUCCCCAUCAGCAAAGCAACAUAUACUGCAGCUCGAUACACAAAGGUAUCGUACAGGACUGUCAGAACGACGACAUAGCGGGGGGAUGGGUGUCCUGUAUGGACAUCGAGCAGUCGUGCCCCAUCAAUGAUUACUGGGUCAACAAGGACACAGUUUAUGUCAAGGACGGGUGUGGAGGGCGGAUCCACGUCUGUUAUACCAGAGAUGCCCCAGCAACAGAAAUCAAGGAAAGGACAAUGGAGUGUCGACACUGGAAUUCGUCUUACAAAGUUUGCAAGGUCAAGGACGCUCAAAAAGCCCAAAGCAUUGAGAAAAUUGCCCAAUUCCCAAUCACAUCGGGAUCUCAGUGCAAUAAAGGAAUCGACUACGGCAUUAUAGAGGAUUCCAUCUGGAUCAACAAUGGAUGCAACGGAAUUUACAAAGUUGAAUAUUAUACAGACAAGCUAACAUCUGUCACACCGACACCAAGCCCUCCUUCAAGUUCGACAACUCCAGCUCCGGUGCCCACAAAAACCAUUCCCGGUGGAAAUAUUCAGAGAAAUAGCACCACGACCCCCAGGAAUAUCUGGGACAUGACCCCCUCUAGAGCAGCCACCACCACCCCCACCGACCCCGUGACCCGGACCCCGUCCGGGACCAUCUGGAGUGACGGGUUGAUGGGAAUCACGGUGGGGAUUUUGUGUGGGGUCUUUCUGAUGUUCCUCCUCACCUGCCUAGCAAUCCUGUGGUUUGUUAGAAGGUACAAAGUAGAAAAUGCCAGAAACAGCGAGCUUCCAACAAGCACAGACCUGACCUAUGAAUCUACCAGACGUAGAAUGAUGGACAAACAAAAGAAAGCAUAUCAAGGCGAGGAGCCAUUCGUUGAUGAUGGUCGACAUUACGAAGAAAUUCAUCCACGGGAUACACCUUAUGAAGCGCAGCCAUUCCUUUCAUCUCCGAACGGACUUCCGGGACAAAAGCAACCAAUGAACGGGUCACUUUCCGAACAGAAUAAUAACCCUUCCAAUAGUCGAUCUCCUCUAGGCGAAAAUUAUUUCAUUCUUGAACCCUCUCAGGGAAGGCCAAAUGCAUCUAAUCCGAAUAUGCAGAAUUUGGUGGCUAUUCAUCCGAAUACUAUGGAAACUUUCCAUCCGGGCAUUCACGGCUUUAUUCCGUAUGUGCCCGGUCAUCAUUAUGUAGUCCAGGGACCGAGUCCCCAUCACCAGGCUGUGCAGUCACAGCACCCCACUGUUCCCCCAGCUCAUUUGAUUCCAUUAAGGGAGAAAUACAUUAUAUCUGACAGACAUAUGGAGUCCCCCACCGGAAUUGUGAGAUAUCCGGAUAGAAAUAACACAAUUGGGUCGUGUCAGGUGACCGGAUUUCGUCACAGUCCAGUGAAUUUUACCCAGGAAACACCUGGACAGUUUUCUCUUGAUCGCAGACAAAACAUGCAAUACAUUCAACGAUCAACGAGCGUCUGUAGCCAAACUGACGUCCCCGUUCCGGAAGCGGGGGAAGAGGAGGGUUACGAUAAAAUCGAGGAUUUCCGACAGUCCAUUCGAGCACCCUCGGAGAAAACUAAUAGUCAUCAUUAUGACCAAGUGCAAUUGACAGAAUCUCCCUCCCAUGGGUCUGACAGUAGAUCCCAGUCAACUAAAUCAACGCAGGACGGAUCAACGUCAUGCUAGCUUCACACGAAAUAAAAAAAAUUAAAAACGUGCCGUAUAUUUACAGUGAAUAAAAGGUAUAACAUAGACACAAAAAAAACUUUCCAUUAUCGAGGGACCAAUGUUAAUUAACGUGUGUGUUAUUUAACGGAGUGAAUCUUGCCUUUAUCAGAGGAUGGAGUUUAUUCACUAAUCCUUUUAUAUACAAAAUAUCAACUGUUGUGAUUUUUACACGAAAUCCAGUUUCAAUGGUGCUUGCUGUGUCAUUUUAUUUUAUCUAAUUUUGAAGAUGUUUUAUUAUCUUUUUGUGAUAAUAAGGUCCCAUAAUUUGGUUUGCGAUAAGUACAUGUGUAUCCAGAACUUAAAAGCAUUUUGUUACUUGACCUCUUUGCAUUUUUAUUUUGUGUGCAUUUUAUCCUGCUCAGAGAUACCAAAAACACUAAAUUCUAUUUCGUGCAAAAAAUGUGUGGGUUCAAUUUUUACAAAAGAACACCAUGCACUGAACUCUAUACUUGUCUUUAGGUAACUGAAGAGCUAAAAAUUUUACCCUUCUAAACAAAAAUUAUAAAGUAAGUUUGCUUACAUUUUUUGCAUAAAUUUAAUUAUAUUAUUCACUGAAAGUGCGUUUUAACUUAUACAUAAUUUUCAUGUUUUGAUUUUAUGCAGACAAUAUGUAAAGCAUUUAAUUUGUUAAGCAUUUAUUUUAUGUCGAUUUUAUCAAAUUGUGAGAAGACUAGAUUAAGCAUUUUUCAUGAUUUUACAAAUUAGAAUUACCAUAGAAACCCAAAAUAUACAUGUCAGCAUUUAUUUAGUCAACAGAAAUUUGUGCUUUUUGAAAGAUAUUUGCUUUAUCCCAUUUUUUAUCCCAAAAAUGUCAAAAUAUUAAACGAGAAAAUUCAUGUUCUUCAUGAAUUCUACAUUGCUUUAACAUACUACAUGUAGUAUACAUGUAUAUGCGGCUGAAUGGAUGAUUGGAUGAUUAUAUAUACAAGUUUAUCUGAAUGAAUGAAUGGAUGAAUGAAUGAAUUGUAUUUUUAAAUGCCUUAACUAAAUAUCAAUAAUUUCCAAAUUAUUAUCAACAAUUAUUAUCUCAGUUACAAUUUAUUCAGCAAAAUGCAAAACAUAAAUGCCUCAUUCUUAUAGUUGUUAAAAUCUUUGUUAAGAAGUCAAAAUGAAAAGAAAGAUUAUGAUACAAAUAUGAGAAAUACCUUUUUGAAUCUUUUUUUCAAAAUCCAUUCAAUUACAUGUAUGUACGAAAAGGGGGCAUUAACUUUUUUUUCGAACCAGAAAAUACUGAGCAUAGCAUUUACUAUUUUUUGUAUUCAGACAUAAUCACACUAACACUUAUCGUGGGUGCUUAUUCAUUAUUUAUUCGCUGUUCUAUGGAGAAAAUCCGUAUAGACUAAUGAACGAUUUUUUUAAAAUACAGAUUUCACAAAUUUUUGUGGAAAUUCAUAAAAUAAGACUUUGUCUCGUUGUGGAGAAGAAUUGCAUUGUUUAUGCUUUAUUUCGUGUGAAGAUCUUCAUUUUCUAGAUUUAAUCGUGUGGAAUUUCAAUUGAUCAGUCUUACUGAUAAAUCCCCAGUGGGUUGUAUACAUUUCAUUUUGUGAUAAAUGCAUAAUAAAAUAAAAGACAUUUACAAACAA